AUGGAAUUUAUUGUUGAUCUAGACAAAAGAACAUGUGAUUGUUCUGAAUUUCAGCUAGAUGAGAUGCCAUGUGAACAUGCAAUUGCUGCAAUUGAGAGUAUACAUCAAAAGAAAUCGGCCUUUUGCUCAACCUAUUUUUCAAGGGACUUUUGGUUGAAAACGUAUGAAGGGCAAGUAAAUUCUGUAGGUGAUGCAACAACAUGGGUUAUACCAGAUACUAUUAAUUCAGAAAUCACUAAGCCUCCAGAUGCCAAAGUACUGCUAGGAAGAAGACAGAAGAAUCGACAUGUUUCCGGUACAGAAUUCAAGAAGGAACCAAGAUGUAGUCGUUGCAAAAAAUAUGGGCAAAGCAGAACAAAUUGCACAAAUUCUUCUGUAGUUCAUCCUUAUGCAAGAAAAUAUAGGAAAAAAAAUGAUUGA